UUAAAUAAGACAAUGAAGAGCAAGUUCUUCCUUUGUUUUCGUCCUAUUGUUGAGGACUCUGUUCUUCACAACCACGCUAUUGAUCGGUCUUCUCCAACUAUUACAAAAAGAAGUGUCAAAAAUGAUCCACUGUUUGAGCCAAGAAUUAAUUGCAGGCGAAAUAGAAGGGACAAGUUCUUCAAAGCAUUACAUGGUGAUCACUCAAGGAAUCAAGAAACACUAGUUUUGAAGGGUAAUCAUAACCAGCAAAGGGAAAUUACUUCAAUUGGCAAUUUAUCUAAGGGAAAGCAGUCAUCAAGGCCAUAUUCAUACAACCACAGAAAUACCAUAAGUGCUUCAGCAUCAGCAAGUGAUGAAAUCAAGAAAUAUAGCUCAAGUGUUUAUUUGAUUAUUUUCGCCUUAUUUGCGACCAUCUAUUUUGGUAGGGUUUAUGCAAUAGUCUUAACAUCGUUAUGGCUUCUAUUAUUCUCUUUGGUACCGAAGUCAAUUUGCAGGAUACUUGAAAAAUUCUUUAUAGUCGGAUGUGGAGUACAAAAACAAAGCUAUGAUGGAACUGUUGAAAUGAGAGUGACUUGAGUUAAUGUAUCUGGAGUCAAGUAGUGACAGUUAGUAGUUGACUAGAGUUAGCUAAAUAACUAACUAUUGGAAGGUUAGUUGUAAUAUUAUAGUUAGAGUUCGAUAGCUGGCAAUUAGAUGGUAGUUAGUUAUAGGUUAGUGCAUAUUGUAUA